GCUAGUCUCCACCCAGUACUGCACGGAGGGGCAGAGAGGAAGGAGUGUGGCUGGAAGUGAGCAGCACUAAUAAGAAUGCUUCCGUGGAAACAAAACUUCUUGCAGGACUUCAGAACCCCUCUGAUCUUCCUUUGUAUGUUUCCACUUUGCUCCACCAAAGAGACAUUGUCUGUAACAAAGCAACAUCGCCAGCACUUAGACUACGAAGAUUUUGUUGAGUUGCAAAAUUUGCCAAUUGCUGUUGCCAAUGCAGAUAUUUCAGUUAAAUAUCUGUGCACCAAACCUUGCAUCGUGCAUGUUGAUGUGAUGGCUUCCUCAGAAUUCAGAACUGGAAUUUUAGUUUUUAAAAAACGUUUUAAAAAUAUAAAGUGUCUUCGAGAGAAAAGGGCACAUAAAGUGCAUUUAAAACUCCCAGAUAUGUUGGUUUAUCGGAAUGACUAUUUUAUGAAACACCCUAUUGGUGUGUAUUUCGUAGUUGUCAGGGCCUGGGUUGUACAUAUUGAUAAUAUAGACCCAUAUACAAAGCACAAUGAAACAAUCGUACACGCUGUGGCAAAUACAUUUUCUACAUUGGACAUAGUGCCACCUUUUCAACGUCCUUAUAAAGAUAACCAAGUAUGUUUCAUGUGGGGAUUUGAAUAUAUAUGGAGACAAAGAGAACAAUCUAUAUUUGUAUGCCAAGCGGAAACUGAUUUUGUAAAUAUCCUUAAUUUUCCUCUUGCAUCGAGUCGGGAGCACUAUGGCAUUAUCAAAACAUUUAAAAGAUUUAGGAACAGAGAUUUGGAAAUGAGAAGACAGCUAUACAUUAAUAAUCCAAAAUUUACCAUUUCCAUUUGGAUGUAUUUGCUCCAUUAUUGUUCAAAUAAGCAAUGUGGUAUCAUUUACCAUAUUGACAAUAGUAAAAUGUAUACAACUCCACUAUUAUUCUUAAAUGACAGAGGUCAAAUUCAUAUUCAGAUGCAGCUUGUUACAGGGGUGUCUUUUGCUGUGCUGACUACUAUUAAGGUUCCCCUUCUCAAGUGGUUCCGUCUUGACAUCUCAUUUUAUGGGAGAAAGAUAAUGUUAACAAUAAGCGGAGAAGACUUAAACCUUUACGGCAAGCACGCUUUCAAUGUCAAUGAAGAUAUCCAUUAUGAUGACAUUGUGGGCUACAUGACGCUUGGAGGUAGCAAAUAUGUACAUGGUAUUGAUGGAUUCUUUGGACCUGUGAUAUAUUAUCGCCUCAGCUUUCUGGAAACUGAUGAGAUAAAUUCAUUUAUCUCAAGCUCUCUUGUGGGAAAUCAGAUUUAUAAACAGCUUGAUCUUUAUUACCAGAGGUAUUCCGCAGUUCAAGAUAUUGUGCAGCAGCAUGCAACUAUUUUAGGGGACAUAUUGCACACUCCAAAUAACACCAAAAAUUAUUAUAUGUACCUAUAUAGAAAAUAUGGACAAAGACCCACUUGCCAUGUCCUUCCUUGGGAGAAAAGCGAAAAAAACGACUUCAGCAAUUUGUUUAAGUUACUGCAUACUGUACAAUGGCAAUCAUUAGAUUUUUCUAAUAAUCUAGUUUAUGACUUUGGAAAAAAGAUUUUUGAAAAUAUUACAACACACCUGCCAAAUGGACUGCAUGGUCUUAGUGCUGCUGUUCCAUCAUUAGAGGAUAGUAGCUUCUCUGGUUAUCACAAAGCUUCCCAUUUGCUGGCCGUUAUGUAUGAAGUUGGUUUAGGAGUAAAUACUGAUCCUGUUCAAGGGUUCUUAUACAGUCUGGUUGGUGCACAAGCUAACGAGAGGCUUGCUUUGCUCAAACUUGGAUACAAACAUUUUCAAGGAAUUGAUAAUUAUCCCCUGGAUUUAGAUCUCUCUUAUGCUUAUUAUAUUUCAAUUGCUAAGAAAACGCCAAAUGAUCGAUGGGCAAAGCACGCAGAACAGGCAAUUGUGGAAACAAUAAGGCUGAUGGAUCAUGACAAACUAAAAGAACAAACCAGAGAAAAUGGAGAUAUUUUCCUAUGGCUUAAACAAAAUGCAGAAAGAGGCGAUGCAAGUUCUCAGCACAAACUGGCACAGAUGUUGUUCUGGGGGCAGCAAGGUGUUUCCAAAAACACCAAAGCAGCCUUAGAGUGGUAUGAAAGAGGUGCUUUGGAUAGUGAAGACCCAAUUUUAAUGUACGACUAUGCUGUACUUCUUCUUAAGGGACAAGGUAUAACAAAGGACAAGAAACUGGCACUGAAACUCAUGAAGAAAGCUGCUGCUAAGGGACAGAAUGAAGCUCUUAAUGGUUUAGGAUGGUAUUACCAUAAUUUCAGAAACAAUUACGUUAAAGCUGCAAAAUACUGGAAGAAAGCAUACAGAAUGGGAAAUGUGGACUCUGCUUUUAACCUUGGAAUUAUGUAUCUACAUGGCAAAUAUCCAGGGGAGCAGCAGAUAAAUGAGACACGUGCUGUUGAAUACAUCUCAAGAGCUUCAUAUGGUGGACAUAUUGAAGGAACUAUUCAAUUUGCUCAAUAUUUAAUAACUGGAAGCUUGAAAAGUCUACCAAGAAACCCGAAGAUGGCUGUCAUCUAUGCAAAGAAUGUGGCAGAGAAGAAUGUAUAUCUAGGGCAUGAUGUCAGAAAAGCUCUGAAUUCAUAUAUGGAUGGCUCAGUGGAUAAAGCCUUUUUACACUACAUGUUAACUGCUGAGGCUGGUAUGGAAAUGUCACAGACAAACAUGGCAUAUCUUUGUGAAGAGUCAUCAGAGCCAAACACAUUGUGGUUGAGAGAUGCUUGUAUCUGGAGAUAUUAUAACCUCUCAGUUAAUCAACAUUAUUCACCUCCUUUUGCUUUACUGAAGAUGGGAGAUCUAUAUUAUUAUGGCAGCAAUAAUCACACAAGAGACCUGGAAUCAUCAAUGCAGAUGUAUACACAGGCAGCACUACAGGGGGAUUCCCAGGGUUUUUUUAAUUUAGCUCAGCUCGUCCAUGAAGGAAUAUCUAUACCUGAAUACCUGUUACAGAAGUUGAACAUUGAUAGAUCUUUCUUUAUCAGUAAUGAUACUCUGAUAGUGGAGCUGUAUGAAAGGUGUCAAAAUCACAGUGAAGAUAAGUUGAUUAGUCCUUGUUCGUUGGCAUUACUUUAUCGUCACUUAAGUGUUGCAUGGAAAUACAUUUUACAAUCAUUUCUGUUUUAUGUUCUAGGAACUCUUCUUUUCUCCAUAUUGAUUGUAGCCACAACAGAGUAUUUUCGUAACACGAGAUGAUUGCUCACUUAAUAGAAAAGUGGAAAUGGAACAGUCUACAGAAGAUGGUUUCAAUAACUUGCCAAACAAUGGGCUACAAGAACCCUGUACACUAAAUGCAACAUCCAGAAACAGGUUUACAAAGAUGGGAUAUAAUUCACCUUAUUGGAACUUUGAGCCAGUCAAUAAGAAGACACAGAUAAGCUGUUGAGUUGCUAGUAAUGACAUUGAUUAUAAUCGUCUUUAUAUAUUAUUUGCAACACAUUCCAUGUGAGUGAAACAUUUGCAGCAUUUUUUUUCACUACUGUGGUCCCAUGAAGAAUUACUUUGAGUAGGAAUCUGGAAAUAUGAUGUUCAUUAAAGAAUGGGACUUUUGAUGGAACAAUUGAAAUCUAAGUUUUGUUAAAAUUACCGAUUUAUAUCUAGUGCACUGUUUUGUUUUUUUUAACAUGAUAUCGAGGACUUUCAUUUAUUUUUUCAGUAAUAAAUAUACAUUUGAACUUGGUUUUAUUCAUAUAA